AUGCGAGAGAUCGAGCGAAGUGUUAUAAGACUCGAAAGCUCUCCUACCGAUGUGGGGUGUACCAUUGAUAGGUUCACACGUAUGCACCCUCCGACAUUUGUAGGAGGACUUAAUCCAUUUAUAGAAGAAGACUGGGUCGAGAAGACUGAGAGAAUUCUAGAAGUCCUCCACUACACAAAUAGGCAGAGAGUCCUUUACGCUACUUUCCAGCUGUCUGGAGAGGCCGGACGUUGGUGGAUUGCAGUGACUCUGCUUGAAAAGCAGAGAGCUAGUCCAUCGAGUAUGAUGUGGGGCCGCGUAAAAGAGGGCACCCUGACGGUGCAGAGAUAUGCAGCCAGAUAUAUCGAUUUAUCUCAAUUCGCACCGUACAUGGUCCCGAAUGAGUACAAGAAGGCUCAGAGGUUUGAGAGGGGUCUAAGGAAAGACAUCCGCCGGCUUUUGGGGAUGCUGCAAAUCCGCGAGUUCUCUGUUUUAAUAGAUAAAGCCACCAUAGUUGAGACCGACCUCCAGGGAGACGAGGUGGUGCAGGAACAUAGGAAGAGACCAGUAUCUUCUGGGUCUCAGACUGGUCCUCGGCAAGGACAGUGGAAGAAGAAUAAGAACUAUAGUUCUGGUUAUCGAGUGUUAAAUUCGGGGUGA